AUGGGGAAGCCGAAGAACUUCACAGGCCGGGAGGACGACUGGCACCAGUGGGCCAUCACGAUGCUGGCGUACGCCCGGGCCAUCAGCGAGCGCCUCCUCUUCUUGAUGGACGAGGCCGAGCUCAGCACCGAGUUCAGCACCCAGCUGUACUACAUCCUCACGACGCUGCUCGAGGGCAAGGCAUCGGACAAGGUCACGCUCGUGGGGUCGCUCACAGACGAGCACGAGGGCAAGGCCGUGACGAGGGCCAAAGGGCUGUUGCAGCAGGUGCUGGGCUUCGGGUUCGAGUCGGACGACGUCUUGCAUGAGCUCGGCCGUUUCGAGAAGGUGGUUCAGCAGUACGAGAACGCGACAGGCAAGACUGUGGACGACGAUCUCCGCACGGGGAUCGUGAUCAUGAGCAUCCGCCAGGACGACCUGGCGAGGCACGUGGUGAUGAACUCGGACCGGUUCGACACGCAUGAUAAGAUCAAGGACGAUAUCAUCGGCAUCUACCGGACCAAAGAGUACCUUGUCACUGGCCCUUUGCCCAUGGACGUCAGCGCGGUCGACGCGCGGGCGCGCUGUGACGUCUGCGGCAAGACCGGCCACACCCGUCGAGACUGCUGGUAUCAAGGCAAUCCUGUCGGCAAGGGCCGCGGCAAGGGCAAGGACGGGGGCAACAAAGGCACGGGCAAGAAUAAGGAUGGAGGCAAGAACAACGAGGGCGUCAAGUUCGGAGGAGGGCGUGGUCACGGCGGCGGCGGCAAAGGUGGAGCUGGUGCUGGUAAGGGAGACACCCACUUCAACGGUGAGUGCGGCUACUGCGGAAUCUGGGGCCGCAAGCGGGCGCAUUGCCGGAAGCUACAGGCAGCUCGUGGCCAGGAGGGCCAGCGCCGGCAGAUCGGGCAGCUGAGACGACAAGGUUCUGCUACCACGUCCCUUGCAUCCACUCAGCAGCUCGGCUCGCUGGUGCUCUGUUCGGUUGAGCGCGGCGAGAUCGGGAGCGUUGGCGACAGGCUCGUGAGGAUCGGCGUGGACUCUGGGGCUGGCGUGACUGUCUGGCCCAAGGACCUUUGCAGUGACUGCCCGAUCAAGUACGCGCCGGAGUCGAGGUCGGGCCUCGAGCACGUACCAGCCGGCAAAGGCAGCAAGGGCAUCGUGGAUCUCGGCGAGAGAACGUGCGACAUGGUCAGCAGCGACGGCCAUAAUCUGAGCAUGAAGGUGCACGUCUGCGACGUCCGCAAGCCGCUGCUGAGCGCUGCGGAAGUGAAUGACAUGGAUUUGGACGUGCACUUCUACGCGGACAGCGAAAAGGGCGCCUGCGCGAUCCACCCGCAGACCGGCAGGAGGGUGAGCAUCGAGCGCAUCAACAUCGUUCGAAAUCGAGGCGCCCGUGCCCCCUUGGUCGGGGGGCAGCGGGCAGGCUUGACCGUAGGGCGCGACGUGGGCAAGAAGCAGUUGCGGUGGGGGCCCGUGACCUUGGCACCCCUGCAGGCGCAUGGCGACGCGGACGUUGGACGGCCAAAGUUGCGAGUCCUGGCGAGUCCGACGAUGCUUGCUCCAGACGAGGUGGCCGAGCACAACGCGUGCCACCUCCCGCGUCGAGCUUGGCGCAGACAUUGCGCGGCUGGGCGCGGCAAGGCCGAUCAGCAUCGAGCUUCUGAGGCCGCGGGCCAGACCCCCACGCUGCGCGCCGACUACGGUUUCCUAUGCGAGAAGCACGAGGUCGAGAAGAUCGAGAGCUCGACCAUCCCUUUCAUCGUUGUCAAGGACGGCCCGCCUCCGACGGGCGCGCGCUGGCUGGACGCCCACGCGGCGCAGAGCAAGGGUGUCCAGCACGAGUACUCCGCCAGGAUCGUGGCCCAGGACAUCGUCAGCACUCGCCGCGACAGAUUCAUCUUCAAGUCCGACGGCGAGCCGGCUCUGGAGGCAGUCAAGAAGAGCGCGGUCUCCGAGGUCCGCCGGACUGGCGCGGAGGUCAACGUCACCCCAGAGUUCACCGAUCUCCGCGCG